GCGAGAGGAGAUGAGUAGAAACCAGUAGAGUCGCACAGAACCACAGGGAGGAGAACACAGAGGGACAGGAGAACCCAGGAGAACCCGGCAAACUGGACGUCUAACAGAGCAGAGGAGACAGGAACCUGCAGCAGAUCAGGAGAGUACAGAGCCGUAAACAGAGCUGAUCUGAGGACAGUAGAACCCUCUGUGAGAACACAGCAGAGAGAAGUGUAAAAUAAGACUGCAGCUGACAGUGGAGUACGAACAACCGGCCAGCAGCUCCUGACCUGGACUCACUGAAACACACACACACACUGCGGCAGAGAUGUCACACUCCUGAGGAACAGUCGUGGAUUAAUUUCUUUAUUCUACAAAAACAGAAGAAGAAGGUUCCUCCCUCCCCGCCCCAGCUCCAUCAUGCCCGUCCUCAAAAACCUCCCAGUGCGCCUGAAAGGCGGCGGUCCGACUCUAGACAACGCUUGGAUCCUGCGCAGGAUGAGCCUCAACAUCACACCCCACCAUCACAACCCCUUUGACAAUGACGAUGGCAUCCACGGCAACGGUGGCCACAGCGACCACUGGUCGCCCGGCAGCUCACUGCUCGACGGCGACGUGCCAAGGGAUCGUAACCCGUUCGAGGACGAGGAGGACGAGAACGAAGCCAAUGAGGGGAAAAAGGGAAGCGGAGUUGGAGGCGGAGGUUCGGUGAAGGGAUCCUUCAAAUUCAAGUCCCCGCUGAAGACUCUGGGGAAGCUGGGGAAGAACCUGAGAAUGUCAGGGAGGAGCAAAGGAAGUGAAACACCGUCGCCUCAGGGUUCGCUGCAAGGAACGCCUUCACCUGCAACGAAGAAGAAGAGAGGGAGGAGGAGCUCUGAAGGAAGUCUGUUGAGGUUUGCGGGGAAGUACCGCGACACCGUCGGCUCCCGUAAGGAGUCUCUCACCAACGGCGAGCUGAACUGUUCAGAGAGUGAGUGCGACUCAACCAGCCGGCGCCUGUCCUUCAUGAAGAUGGUUGGUCUGGGGAAGCUGAAGAGGGAGUCCAUGAACGACCACUCGUCCCAGGGACCUGAGGAGCAGCCAGUGAAGGAGGAGGUGGUGGAGGAGGUCAAACCCAGGGAGCCGCUGUCAGUCCUGGAGAUCCUGCAGCUGGUGAAAAAGCGGGACCUGCUGUUGGCCGACACACACAUCCUGGAGCUGGAGCAGGAGUGUAACGAGUCUUUGGCGGCCGAGCGUGCCGCCGGGCCACAGCCGGAGGACACCACCAGCCCCAGCGUCAAAGACGGCGGGCGGAGGAAGGCGAAGGACGUGGAGCUGCUGUACGAGGAGCUGCAGAAGGAGCUGUGGGCCGUUGUCAGGGAGUCUCUGAGGUCCCCGACGGCCGGGCCAAACCUGGGCCUGGUGGUGCAGGUGCUGCAGCAAGAGGAGCAGGUGGACAAAAACUGGGCCGUAAGUGAGGCUGCGGCCCUCGGGGGCCCGAGGCCCCGCCGUCUGAAGCAGAGGUGGAGGGAGGCGGUGGACGAGGCGGCUGACGGCUCUCUGCCUCAGAGGGCCGAGUUCACAGCUGGAGAGCUGGACAAGUACCUGGACCGGCUCCGAGCUCGGGUGGUGGAGGACCUGGGGGCCGCCAAGAGGAACGUGGUGUCCAUCUACCCUGAAGACUACCAGCCCUCCCAGGUGUACGUGCAGAGCUACCACCAGGCGGUUGCUAGGCGACUGGAGGCCAUCACUGACAACCAGCUGGAGAUCACUGACAUCUACUCCCUGCUGGACUGGCUGCACAACAUCUACAACAGAGACGUUCUGGGGACGGUGUGCAUCACGAGUCCAUUCAGCCGCGCUCAGCUGAGUCCUCUGCUGCCUGCGGAGACUGUGGACAGACUGGAGCUGGACUGUCUCAACUCUGUCAGGGCUAAAGUGACCACAGAGCUGAGUCAGGUCCUGGACGAGGAGGAGAAACGAUGGAUGGAGACGCUGCACAUCGAGGAGUAUCAGAUCACUCUGGCCAAGACCGUCAUACAGAGGCUGCAGGUCGAUCUGGAGCGUUCGGCCUCCAUCAACAGCAGUUUGGGCUCCAGAGUGGCUCAGUGCAGCCUCAACGGCCUGGCUGACUUCCUGUACAGUUUCCAGCGUAAAGCAGAGAUGUUUCAUGAAGGGAUGCAGUUCGGCAUGUUUGGAGACAACGAGGACGGAUAUGUGUCCAAAACCAUCGCUCUGGUCAACUGCUGCCCUCCAUUCAGAGGGUUUGUGCAGCGCUGUGCUCAGUGUGACCCGUCGGUCAGCGAGGACUCUCUGCGUCGAGCCAAUAAAGCUCUGGAUCACAUCGUCCAGCAGGGAAUCAGAGUCCUGUCUGAACGGCUCUACCUGCACAUCAGGCCGUUCUUCGAGCGCCUGGUGAAGAGGAAGUGGCUGAGCAACACGGAGGCGUACGAGCAGAUCGAAGCCAUCAUCAAAGAAGACUUUAAGAAGUAUCACAGGAUGGACAGUCCUCCCUACCAGCUGCUGGUGGCGGAGGUGCACCGGCGGGUGGUGAUGGAGUACCUGCGCUCAGUCAUGCGAGGCAGAAUCAUCUGCACCUCCAUGAAGAUGAGGAAGAGGAUGGCCAGCCGGCUCAGAGACGAAGGCAAACAGAUCAAAGUCCUCUUCAAAGACCUGGAGUCUCCAUCCAGCUGGUUGGACAACGCCCUGUCCCACAUCUCAGAGAUCAUCCAGCUGGAGGACGUCCCCUCCAUCCAGAUGGAGGUCGGCGUUCUGGUCCGAGAGUUUCCAGAUGUCAGGAAGAAGCACGUGUCGGCCAUUUUGAACAUACGGGGGAUGACUCGGCAGGCGGAGCGUCAGGAGAUCCUCAACAUCGUGAAAGACAUCGAGAGCAGUGACGCCGCCGGCGGUGGCAGUGGUGGUGGCGUCAGCUCGGCCCGGCUGACCCGAGACCGCGCCCUCUUCUCCGAGGUGCCCGUCACCUCUGAGGUCCACUGCCUGAACGUGGGCCUGAGCCGCAUCGCCCUCACCGCCUCGUCCUGCUUCAGCACGCUGCGACCACGACCGCGCAAGACCAGGACGCCCGUCCAGGAAAACCCUGACGAUGUCCUCUGAACCGCCGACCGACAGCACCGGAGUCAGACGGACCUGCUGUCUGCUGGCCUGGUUUUUAUCACCAAGUAUUAAUAGAAACUUUUUCUAUUUUCAACAGAGUCCUGAUUAUUUUCACCCGAGCUGUCGCUGACUGAAUGUUUCCAUCAGGCUGCUGCUUCACACGAAUCCACCAGAGACACUACAAAGAUUGUUUCUCUGCAGGAGACUCGGGAGACGUUUGUCCAGCAGAGACUUUGAGACUAAUAUCAGACCAACUUCUAAUCAUUUCGACUCUUUUGAUUUCAGUUUCAUGAAAAACUGUGUGAAGUGCAGCUUUGACACUUUUACUUUCUGAGCUCUGAGAGGAAAACUGUCCCACAGGAGGGAAAAGGAACAGACAGACGUCCCUGGUGGACGAGGAGUGAUGAUGCUGAGAGGACUGAACACAAAGCUGAGUGGGUGUAGACGGAGGAUGGGAGGAUUAUUAGCAAGAUAAUUAAACUCUCUUCCAGUGAAGAUAAGAAUCAGUUCUCUUUACUGAAACACAACAAAAUGAUUUUAAAUCAGAAAAAUUCAGACGCACUUUUUGUGUUGUUUUAACCUCGUCAGCAAAGAAAUGUUGGCACUGUACGUUUCUGCAAACCACGGAAACAUUACAUUUAUACAUUAUUAUGUGGUCGAUACUUUAAAACUUUACAUUUCAACAGCGCUGUGGUUCAUGUGUGGUUUGUUUCAGAAACUGAAAACACUUAUGGUCAGAAAAAGAUCAGGUGUUACCCACUUUUUGUGGCACGAACACACCAUGAAACGCAGCAACGUCUCAAUUACAAACAACCACUUUAUGUGGUACUAUGAAGAUAUGAAGUGCAGCGGUGGCUCCGUUAGAGACAACUUCUUUCUUUAGCGCUAUCCUGGCACAAAAUGCAAUGAUGUCUCAUUAGAAACAAUCACUUUUUUUGGCGCUAUUGCGGCAAGAAAUGCAGCAACGUCUUGGUUAAAAAACAACCGCUUUUUGUGCUGCUAUCCCGGCACGAAACACGACAAUGUCUCGGUAAGAAACAACUGCUUUUUUGUGGUGAUAUCCUGGCAGGAAACAGCAAUGACUCAUAGGAAACAACCACUUUUUGUGGUACUAUCCCGACAUGAAGCGCAGUGGUGGCUCCGUUAGAGACAACUUCUGUCCUUAGCGCUAUCUCGGAACAAAAUGUUGCAACGUCUUGAUUAGGAACAAUCACUUUUUGUGGCGCUAUCCCAACAGGAAACACAGGGACAUCUUGAUUAGGGACGACCGCUUUGUUUGGCGCUAUCCUGGCACAAAAUGCAGUGAUGUCUUGGUUAGGGUGAUAUUUUGCCACAAAACAGCAAUGUCUCAUUAGAAACGGACGCUUUUUGUUGCGCCAUCACGGCACGAAAUGCAGCGACGUCUUGGUUAGAAACAACUGCUUUUUGCGCUGCUAUCCUGCCAUGUAAUGCAGCUAUGAAACACCAUGAAACACAACAAUGUCUCGGUUAAAAAGAACCACUUUUGGAAACACAAUGAUGGGUUGCUAAAAAACAACCGGUCUUGAACAGUGGUCUGCAUCUUAGCGUCUCUCCUGGGAGUCACGCCAUCCAUCAUCCCCUCAAUCUCUCGAUGACAGAUUCAGCUCAUAAAGCGCGUCACUUUAGAAUCGUUGAUAAGAUGUGUAUGCGACACAUGCAAUGCAUUCGUGGUUUGCAGAAACGUACAAUGCCAACGUUACCUUCUGGCGACUGAGCUGCUUCUCAAACGUCUGGUGUGAUUUGGGACCUGCACCUGCAUCAGGACAAAGAGUUCCUGUAGGACUCGUGGACUUUGAGCUGGAAGAUGCCUCGUAGAGGAUCAAUAAAAGAAAAGCCGUCCUCUCUGCGUGCUGCUGUGGACUCUGGGACAGGAGCACAUUCAUUAACGGACAGAGAGCGGGACAGGAGGACUGAAGCAGAGUGAAAGACUGCAGCUGGGGGUCAGGUGACCUCAGGGUCUCACACUUUAAUCCAGGUCUGGAUGAAAUUCAGGAUUAUUUUGGGGGUUUCAGAGAAUCUCAUUUACGCUCUUAUAGGAAAGUUCAGUUUAUAAUCCGCGGACACAGAAACUGGAGAGUUUGUUUUAUUGUUGCACACGAUAAAAGAAAAAAAUCAAAGGUACUAACGAUGAUCUGAGUGAUUAUAGUCAGAGCUCUUUGGUGUGAUGAGGUUUAUUAAAUAUGUGGGAGAUAAAUAUUAGUUCUUUUGGUGAUACAAUAAUAUCGACUGUAGAACAUGUUGUUGCUGAUUUAAAGAGUUAAACCAACAGUGUAGACGUAGAGACUGAAGAGAGACGCCUCGCUCUGCUGACACAACGUUGACAUAUUUUAAUGGUUUAUUCUGCAUUUCCACAUUUAAUGCUUUUAUGUCUUUUAGCUCCAGAACUACAAACAUGAUGUUUAAUUUCCUGCUGAUUGUUUUCAAACCAUCUGAUUGUUAUUGAUUACUUCUCAUCUUUCCAUAAAAAUCAACUUUUGUUUCUGCAGAGUUUUCACGUGCUGAUGAGCGACGUCACCGGACGCUCUGUCGUUCAUAUGAAAAUGUCAUAUUUCAUAUUUAGACACUGCAGCAGGUGUGAAGGCAGAUUCAACCGCUCACUUCCUGUCAACACUUUCAAAAUAAGAACAUGUAGUCGCUCGCUCUGACCACCGGAGGGCAGCAAACACACGUCACCUCUGCUUUUAUUUUCCAUUUUUAAAUUCUGUCUCUUGCAAAUGUGGAUGUAUGAAAUGAAUCUGUCUGUACAGGAAUCAGCUUUUAAUGACAAUAAAACUCAUCAGAUCA